AUGCAGGGGCUUCGCCGCCUGGCCUCCGUGGCCCUGCAGCAGGGCACGCGUAGCUUCGGCUACACCAGCCAGGCCAGCCAGCUCGCCGCUCCCAAGGCACACAGCAGCGGCAAGGCGGACAAGAUUGGCCUGCUCAUCUCGCUCCCUCUGUGCGCCGCCUUCAUCAUCUACGAUAUCGUGUACCCUGAGGACGAGUUUGAGGGCAAGAUUCCGUGGUACCCCUACAUGCGCAUUCGCACGCGCUCCAGCUACCCCUGGGGCAACGAUACAGGGCCGUUUGAGAACCACCGUUACGUCGGUGGCGGGGAUGAGCACUAG